AUGGCCAGCACAAAACGGCCGAGAGAAUGCAUUGAGGCCCACCGACACUCCAAUGCGGGUAGCAUCAACCGCCAUGUUGAUCCAGACGCCAUAAUGAAGGCCUGCAGCGAUCACAGCUCACUGUGCCCUGCCCCCAUGCCACAUCAACCACUGCUGACCCAGCCACCCGCGGCCCCGACAUCCUCCCUCCCCCCUCCCGCACUGGGGGCAGUAAUUGAUCUGCCUCUCUCUACCCCCACUCACCGCUCAGGAACCUAUCACGACCCUGUGCCCACCUCACCCCUCUCGCACAGUGGUGGUCUGUCUGUCAAUGUCUGGCCUGUCUCGCCCACUGAUCUAAUGUCACAGUCUCACUUUCUCCUCAGUUCAUUUCGUCCGACGAGGGGUUGGUGUCACCACCUUGAAAAUUCACGGGUGCAACUCCAAUUUUCGGAAGAAUCUCACCCGUUUUUCAUUGUAUCGGUUCGGAAUGCACUCCACCUAUGGUCUGCAACGUACAUUUUGACGUCAAGCACCUAUUCUUACCAGACGUUGAGAGACAUUUGUGCAGAAACGGGCGACGAUCUUGGAACAACUGAUUUUCCUCCAUAGCUGUCGCCGUCACGGCGUGGUACCCAAAUCUCCUCCUUUCAAUCCUACGUUGCCGAAUGAUGCAGGAGAUGCUGGAAUCAGCCGUCUGUCUGAUUUAAUCCUACGGACGCUACGCCUCUCAACUUCCCACCAGGCAUUGAAUCCAUUCUACUGACCUCUGUCCUUCUAGAAGACAUGCGCAUGGACAUACGCAUCUGUACCAAUGGUAUCGUUCGGCAAAAAAGACGUCAGUAAACCCUACCGGCCAAAGAAGCGCAAAGAUUACGAUAACUGGCAUCGGAUCACAGUAUCGUUGUUGUUCUCGCUGACGAAAGUGCCGCCACUGUCAUUACGGACAAGGUGCUUGAGAGGCCUACACCCCAAGCACUGCAGACCUGACGAAGAAACAAGCUGCAACUAUCAAGAAAGGGAUUUGUGGACUCACUCGUAUGAAAGUUAUUAAUCCAAAUGACUCUAAGUUGAUUACCCUCAGUGAUCUCCGUAUCGCACACGCGUAUGGUCUCCCUAACAAAGUCCAUGCCCAACUGAGGAUUAUGGCACCACCCAUCGGACCACCAACUUGCAAUAUUGUCAAGUGGUUGUACAGGCAUCAGAAGCAGCUAACUCGUGGAUCUGACUACAGCAUUAACAACUCUCACGCAUUCCUCCCCACAGGACCCAAGGCCUGAAAGUAAGUACUGAUGAAUGCCUCCUGUCUUUUGAUGUCAUUGUCUUGUUUUCUUGCAUGCCACGCUAUUUGGCAAUUGAAAGCGUAGCUCGAUGCUUACAAGAGAUGCUUACUGUUGAGAUGCCAACACAGCAUGGUAUGGAACUACUCAAACUCUGUCCUGGGAACUACUGUCAAUUUGUCAAUAUGUACUACCGACAAGUUAAAUGGACCCCAGUGAACUCGCCAAUAUCAGAAGUACUUGCCAAACAAGUAUUGCAGCGAAUAGUAAAAGAGAUUAUUCAAAAUCCCACGCCCAAUAGAUGGCUUCGCUACGUAGAUGCCACUUUUGUCGCAAUAAAGAACCACUAAGUCCAAAGGCUACAUUGAAGGCAGAAUGAUGUCUUCCUGUCUUCCUAGCCUGCCGUUUCUGGAUGUGGAAAGGCAAAGGCUGAGCGAUCGUAGCCUCGCAAUAUGCGUUCAUAGGAAUGGAUCUAAUUUCGAGAUUCUCCUUAAUUAUAGAAGCAUGCGUCCUGCGACUAACAAAAGAAGCUGUGUCCGCAAUCUGCUUCAUCGGGCUAACCGUUAUUGCAGCGGCGACGACCUCGUAUUUACCUGGUGAUGGUGGAGCAGAUGCGCUUACGCCGUCGGUUUGUUUGCGUCUUAUGUUGACAGAAGCGCUUGGCAGAGAAGACUGUGAAUAGAACUCUGUGGCUCUGAUUGAUGAAUCGAGUGGUUAAGUAUUCGCACUGCACGUGUACCUGUUUGGCGUAUUGGGGCUGGGUUGCGCUGCGUUUGUGUCUUGCCAAAGGGUUUGUGGGGUAUGUUGGAAAUCGUACGUUGUUGUUUCCUCGAUCCGAAAUCGUUCUUCCAUCUUGCCUGUAAACCCACGGAUGCCACCGUCCUCUGUAGCGCGUGAAUCUCCCUCGAUUUUCGGGUAUUUGUGGUGAUGUGGUCGGAAGUUUGUGUGACUUGUUCGCUUGCAGGUGCCGCUCAACGCGAGUUAUCGUGUCUUGUAGCUCGGUCUGCCAAUUCUGUGUCUAAUUCUUUCAACAAUGUUGCCGGUAUUUCGUCAGGACCGGGCGAUGCCGCCUCUCGUAGUUUCCGUAAUUCUUGUUGGCCAAUGGCUUUUGUGAGAACCACUUAGUCAAUUUUCGGGACGUCGUCCACAUUAUAAUGAUCAACGGGUAGAGCGACUUCUCUCGUAAAAACCGACUGAAAGAACCUGGGCAGAUGUGCAGCCCUUUUGUCGUCCUUGUAGAGUUCAACGCCAUCAUCCGUUUUUAAUAUAGGGAUGGGAUUCCUGUUGUGAGUACUUUGUCUUAUGUAGUUGAAGAAAAGCUUUGGGUUUUCUUCUGCACAGUUUAAAAGGUUGCCCUCGGAUUCAUAGCGGGCGUUAUGUGCAAGGCACUUUACCCCAUUCCGUUGAGCCUUUGGUCCAUUCCUUGAUUCGAUUGUCUUUUCCCUGAAAUAAGCUUUCCACAGCUUCUGCUUACGGUUUACUUCAACUUUUGGUGUAACCUUUAGCCAUCGGGGUCUGCUGGUGAUAAGUUCAUCCAAUACGGCCUUAAGCUCUAAGCAGUCCUCGAGAACACACCCCGUGAAUGCCGUUUUCCAGUCUCUACGACGCAUGCCGAGACGCAUUUGGCUGAAGUCACCACGCCAUAUGUUGCGUCUGAUCACGAUGCUUUGAUCAGGUACAGAGAAGAGAGAAUACUCCCCCCUGUAGGACUACAUGAUCGCUUUUUCCGAGAGGGAGUAGACAGUUUACGACACCAACGCUUAUAGGUGCUUUUGUCAAUACAAGGUCUAAUCAGUCAGCUAGUUGCCCCCACGUAGUCUGGUUGGAGAUAAGACGUGUUGUGUGAAAUGCGAGCUUUGCACUGCUUGAAGGAGACGACGAUCAAAGUUGCCAUCAACUUUAGGGACCCUUUAUUGAACUAAUGGCAUCGUGUUUGUGGCAAUACUGCUCCCGCUUUUAUGUCAAUAAAAGGGAUAAUCGCAUUUGCCGCGUUUGUGUCUACGCGGCCGCCGAAGGUUUCUGUCGAUUGCUCAAACAAGCUCUGCUUUUCCACCCUAGGAAGUUCUUUUCUUCGAGUACUCCGAUGUCGUCCGAUUUCUGUCGCUCCCUUUUCAGUCAUCAGUCCGUUUUGAUUUUACAUCAUCUUUUGAUGUGACCUACGUUGUAGGUGAACGGUCUGAGUCUUAUUAUUAAUUGCCUGCUUCUAUUCGGUCUCAUUGUGGGGGGAGGGGGCGAUGAUGGUCUGCUUGCUGAUCUUCUGGGGCGGAUUAAUGCCAUGCCGUGUCAUAUUCUCCGUUUCCGUCCAUGCGGUAGUCUUUUCUAUGUCGUAUCCGUUUACCUUCUUCUGUGGUGGAGAUCGGACAGCUUCUACUCUGCCAGUGAACUGGUCAUUGUUCUUCAACUGGGUUGUUAUCAGUGAUGAGUGUGUACUGCCACUAUCACUUCCCAACUUAGUUUGCGAUUUUGGAGUGUCGUUUACUACCACUCUUGGCGAGGGUGAGGCUGUAUGUUCAUGUUGUCGUAUGCCUCUUCUCCUAGCAGUUUUUUAGUUCUGCAGCCUGCGAUAUUGUAGUGUAAACGGCAAUUAAAACUACAAAGACUAAUAGAUACUUAGCUCUAAGUGGGGGGGGGCGGUGUGCUGCAUUUCUUACAAGAAGAAUGACGAUGGCAAAAGAGUAUAAGAGGAACGACAAAAAGGUAAAUAAUUGUACAGACUCACGAAAAAUAAAGCCCUCUCCAGAAUCCUUGUUAAUGAGGCUUGUCGCUCAGGUAAGUUUACGUAGUUAAACAUGGACGAAAGCUAUAAGUGUUUCGUGUCGAUUGAAUAAAAGCGAUUGAGGCGAAUGAGCGCAGUCAGUGAAACAAGUGGCAUAAUUGACAGCAGGAUGCACUCAAGAUGGGCUGGCUGGAGUCUGUCAGUGGAGACUGUGUCAGUUUUGUCAGCUCUCUGAAUGAAGUACUACUUGUCCAUCCGCUGAAGAACCUCAUAUGGGCCAUCUUACGGCGAACAACGAGGCUUGCGAACCGCGUCAUGCCGAACGAAAACGAAUGGAGCAGCUGUAAGACACUCACGCACAAACACACGUUUGGAUGUCAGACGAGUGGGAGUUGGACGCAGUUGUGCCACACGUUGUUUCAACUGCCGUACGAAGGUGCUCGGGAUGUCGGUAUUCGUCGUGGAAGACUGCACAAAUUUGCCGGGCAGACGGAGGGGUUUAGAAUACACAAGUUUGGAGGCAGAGCAUUGGAUGUCCUCCUUGACAGAAGAUCGGAUGCCCAAAAACGCAAGAGGGGGAUUGUCAAUCCAAGAAGCUGAUUCUGUUUGGGACAUGAGUGUGGACUUGAGUUGACGGUUUGGACGCUCCACGAGGCCGUUGGCGGCAGGGUGGUAUGCCGUGGUUGUGAUGUGCGCACACCCGAGCAGUUUAGUGAACUCACGGAAGAGGCUAGAUUGGAAUUGACUCAGCGGUCUGUAGUAAGGGUGGCCGGAACACCAAAAGUUGAAAUCCAAUGCAUCAGGAAAACCAUGGCGAUAUUUCCUGCCGAGGUAUCCGAGAUGGGAACGGCAAUCGGCCAUUGUGUGAAACGGUCAACCGCUGUCAGAAUAUGCGUGUACCCGCGUGAAGGGGGCAGCUAACCAACGAAAUCCAAGUGGACGUGUUGGAAUGGAACAUCUGGAACGGCGAAUGUACUUGGUGGAGUAAGUGUUCGGCGGUGUACUUUAUUUUUCUGCCAGGCUAAACACUGUCUAGUCCAAAGAGCGAUGUCAGAGUUCAUCUUCGGCGAGAUAAAACGGGCGGCGAUUAGCUUACGAGAAGCGCAGAUGCCAGGAUGUGACAGGGAAUGGAAAUGGUCAAACACUGUCUUGCGGUAGGAUAGUAGAACAACAGGUUGAGGAGUGCCCGUGGACCAGUCGCUCAAAAUCGUGCCUGGUGAUGCGGGAAGUGGUGCAUCUGGAAGUUGCAGAGUAGUAGUAGGACGCAGGUCGUCCAUGGAGUUGUCGCCUGAUUAGAGGUCCGCAAGCUUCGCCAGGUCGAAAUCGGAGGUAAGUGUGUUUAUGUCCGGAUGGGAUAAUUCACCAGCAACGACAUUGUCGCUGCCUCGGACGUAGCGGAUAUCUGCAGUUAACUGCGAUAUAUAGUCCAGAUGACAAACUUCCCUGGGCGAGUACCGCUCUGGUUUGGCCUUGAGGGCGUAAGUGAGAGGUUUGUGGUCGGUGUGGGCCGAAAAAUCUCUGACCUCUAAGAGGUGUCGAAAAAGAUGAAUGGCCAAGCAGAUGGCAGGAGCUCGUGAGAGAAAGUACUGUAGCGAGUCUGCGCGAGUUGUAGCUUCUGUGAAAAGAAAGCCAAUGGCUGCAACUGGUUACUCGCCUGUGUAUGCAGGACUGCGCCGACAGCGCUGUUGGAAGCGUCAGUGAUCAAGAUCAGCUGUGCGUGGGGGUCGGAGCUUAAAUGGUGAAGCCAAGUGGCAUCAGCAAGAGCUUUCUUAGCUGCCUCAAAGGCUGCCUCUCAUUAUUCAACCCCGGGAAACAUGGUUGUAUUGCCCUAAAGUUUCAAAAGCAGACAGAAUUUGGUUAUCUACAACAACCAAAUCAGACAACGCCCAUCACCUUUUCUUUGGACGGGCCCGAUCCGGAUGACCGUGCAACUGGAAUAGUGGGCGGAAGUCCUAGACGCAUCGAACUUACUUCUCUGCCAGCCGCAAAUCGCAAACUGAAAUUUCUAUAUAUAAAUGUGCAGAGCAUGUUAUCGAAAGUUGACGAGCUCAAGAUCCAUCUAUCUCAUCUAUCCCCGGAUAUAAUCUCACUUACAGAAACUUGGCUGAACCAGCAGGUAGACAACCGUGAGUUAACUAUACCAGGAUACCAGUUGUUUAGAAGAGACAGGUCAGGACGUCAGGGCGGAGGCGUACUCACGUAUGUAAAACACGGGCUUAUGGUCUCAGACAAAACAGAUAAACUUUCGUGUACUUCUGAGGCUAUUUUGCUAACUAUAAAAGCACCGGGUUCACCGAGCCUUGACAUCCUGACGGUCUACCGACCGCCGAGAAAUGAUCCCACAGCGGACGCCCGUCUGAUUGAGGACCUGGAGAGAUUCUCUAUCCGGUCCGAAGUCUUAAUCAUGGGGGACUUCAACGCACCUCUUAUCGACUGGAGUUCAGCUUAUGCAUCUGGUCCAGACCAUGCUUUCGACCGACGUUUGCUGGACAUGACCUUCAAGUUAUUUCUCACUCAGCACGUCUCCUUUCCGACGAGGGUGCGCGAAGGGCAACAGUCAAACUGUCUGGAUCUGCUCCUUACGAAGUCACUGGACAGCGUUGAUGAGGUGCAAUGUCUACCCCCCUAG